AUGCACGACGCUCAGUUGAAUUACUAUGGAAAUCGUCUCGCCACUUGCUCUAGUGAUCGUCUCGUCAAAGUCUUUGAGGUAAAAUCCAAUGGUUAUAUCGUCCCCAUAGCUGAACUUGCUGGACAUUCGGGACCAGUGUGGCAGGUGGCAUGGGCACAUCCUGACUUCGGUGGCCUGCUGGCUUCCGGCGGAUACGACAGGUUCAUAAUUAGAAAUUCGUCUCUGUAGCU